GAACCCGUUUUCUUCCUCCCCCGAAGCCCAUCUUUCCUCACUGUCAUCCACCGUCCCAAAAGUCCGCCCUUAAUCAUCGUCACGAUGCUCAAGAGCGGCAUUUCCGCCUUCGCCCGGACAGCCCGUCCUUCGUUCGCGGCGGCCGCUCGUCGCGCGGCUCGCCCGGCCAGCCUCAACAUCAGGGCCCCGGCCUUCAGCAGGUUCGCCAGCACUGCCGGUGUUGGUGACGGCAAGAUCUACCAGGUCAUCGGUGCCGUCGUCGAUGUCAAGUUCGACACCGACAAGCUCCCCCCCAUUCUCAACGCCCUCGAGACCGACAACAAUGGCCAGAAGCUCGUGCUCGAGGUUGCGCAACAUCUCGGCGAGAACGUCGUGAGGUGCAUUGCCAUGGACGGUACUGAGGGUCUGGUUCGUGGCGCCAAGGCUACCGAUACCGGUGCUCCCAUCACCAUCCCCGUCGGCCCUGCCACUCUCGGCCGUAUCAUGAACGUCACCGGUGACCCGAUCGACGAGCGGGGACCCAUCAAGUCUGACAAGAGGCUGCCUAUCCACGCCGAGGCUCCCGCGUUCACUGACCAGUCGACGACGGCUGAAAUUCUGGUUACCGGUAUCAAAGUCGUCGACCUGCUCGCCCCCUAUGCCCGUGGUGGAAAGAUUGGUCUCUUCGGUGGUGCCGGUGUCGGCAAGACCGUGUUCAUCCAGGAGCUCAUCAACAACAUUGCCAAGGCCCACGGUGGUUAUUCCGUCUUCACCGGCGUCGGCGAGCGUACCCGUGAGGGUAACGACCUGUACCACGAAAUGCAGCAGACCUCCGUCAUUCAGCUCGACGGCGACUCCAAGGUCGCCCUUGUCUUCGGCCAGAUGAACGAGCCCCCCGGAGCUCGUGCCCGUGUCGCUCUGACGGGUCUUACUAUCGCCGAAUACUUCCGGGACGUGGAAGGCCAGGACGUGCUUCUCUUCAUUGACAACAUCUUCCGUUUCACCCAGGCCGGUUCUGAGGUGUCUGCCCUUCUCGGUCGUAUCCCCUCUGCCGUCGGUUACCAGCCCACUCUCGCCGUCGACAUGGGUGGUAUGCAGGAGCGUAUCACCACCACCAAGAAGGGCUCUAUUACCUCCGUCCAGGCCGUCUACGUGCCCGCUGACGAUCUGACGGAUCCUGCGCCCGCCACCACCUUCGCCCACUUGGACGCCACCACUGUGUUGUCCCGUGGUAUUUCCGAGCUGGGUAUCUACCCCGCCGUCGACCCUCUCGACUCCAAGUCCCGUAUGCUGGACCCCCGUAUCGUCGGCCAGGAGCACUACGAGGUUGCCACGCGCGUCCAGCAGAUCCUCCAGGAGUACAAGUCGCUGCAGGAUAUCAUUGCCAUUCUCGGCAUGGACGAGCUGUCGGAAGCCGACAAGCUCACGGUCGAGCGCGCCCGUAAGAUCCAGCGUUUCCUGAGCCAGCCGUUCACGGUCGCCCAGGUCUUCACUGGUAUCGAGGGCAAGCUCGUCGAUCUCAAGGACACCAUCGCCUCGUUCAAGGCGAUCCUGAACGGCGAGGGCGAUGACCUGCCCGAGGGUGCUUUCUACAUGGUGGGCGACUUCGCGUCGGCGCGGGAGAAGGGUGAGAAGAUUCUGGCCGAGCUCGAGAAGAGCUCUUAAUCGGAGCGCACGUGGAAGGCGGGGGCCGGUGCGUCUGUAAAAUCGGGAAGGAAUCGGCAACCUGUGUUUGUGUAUAGAAGCGAAACGGUUUCCGGGGAGUUCCCUCUAGCUCAGUCAGGCUUUCCUUUGUGAGCUGU